UGGUUUGCUCUCCUUGUGCUGUUCUAUCUGCACUUUUCCAUGAGAGUGGGGACUGCUCCGAUCUGUUCUUCCGACGGGCAGGCGGGAUGCCACGUCCCUCCCCUGGCCGAUCUCUUUGACCGGGUCAUACAGCAGUCCUCAAGAAUGCACGGCAUCUCCAGUGAUCUGCACUCGGAAUUUGAGCAGUAUUUUUUUCCCAGUGGAAACAUCAUAGGCAAACGGAGAUGCCACACAUAUGAUAUAAUCACACCGGAUGAUAAGGAGAAUGCACAAAGACUAGGACCAGAACAGUUGACUGAGGUGAUUCUGAGGCUGCUGGUGGCCUGGAGUGACCCUUUGUUACCGCUGCCCUGGAGCACACUUCAAGAUCAGAGUGAAGAUUUCAACCCCCAGAGCCACAGCAAGGCUCUGGAAAUCCCUGAGAUGGUCGACGAACUGAAGGAUGGAGUCCAAAAAAUGGCUGAGAGGAUGAAGUUAGAGGGAGUGCUCGGCAACACCGUGGGUUACAUUUCUGCAGACAGCCUGGUCCCCUCCUCUACCGUUUCAUUUUACGGACAAGGAGAACUCAGCCCUUUGUACCACCACCAUGACAUACUCUACUGCCUCCGCAGAGACUCCAGCAAGGUGAAGAGUUAUCUCUGCAUCCUAAAAUGUACCACCCUACCUGAACUGGAGUGUUGA